AUGGAUAAGAAGGGGCACAGCGCUGCCGGAAAACAAGUCCGCGUAUCAGCAAAAAUUAACUGUACCACAGAAAAAGCCCGAGAAGAUGGUCCUCCCAUGAAUCAAUGCGACAACGAUCAAUACAAAAUGGGCAUCAUCGUCAACUCAACCGUUAAUGCCACCAUCUCAGACAAGGCAAAUCUUCUAGAGAUUGUGCGAGAUGCUGCCGAUCCAGCCACAGCACGCAGUGGCGACGAGGACUGGGAUGGGGAAGUCGUUGUGGCCUGCGGCUACAAGAUACUCAGCAGAGGGGCUAAUGCGAGUACGGCGGAAUACGAUGGCCAAGUCAGCUUUGUCGAGGAAUAUGUAGCGAAGUAUAGCAAGAGCGACGAGGAGGACAGACCGUGGCCAGAAUAUGAAACGGCUGUGGAAUGGGUCGAGGAGCAUAAAGAGGACUCUGAUUCUGGAGCCCUGAAGCAUGCAUCAGCUUAUAGUGCGCGUAUGGCUCUCAUUUGUUUCUCCCUAACUGUUUUACUUUUCUAUAUUUAG